AUGUUGCGUUGGCUGGGAGCAUGCAUUGCUCUAACGUUCUCGUUUGCCCUUGCUCAAAAUCCAUACCUCGGUGUCAAUGAUUCUAAUUACCAUCGACUGCCAAAUUAUUCCCCUGCCAGACCACCAGCUGUUCCUUUGGCUGUCCGCUCCCCAUAUACAAGCGCUUGGCAGUCGACUGCAGCAAACAGCACACUCAAUUCGGAAGGGGUUGAAUUUUGGACAGGGGGCGCCCUUGGGUGGGAGGGAAUUGUCACUGUUGAUGGUAUCUCAUAUGAAUAUCUCGGGGUUGCUACUCAAACCUUGCCUGCAAUACCAAUGCUCAAACCAGCUGUUCCGCGAGAUGUUUCUUACGACUCUCAAUUCUCCAAUUAUACCUUUGAAGCUGGUCCGGUCUUGAUCACUGCUAGCUUUUUCUCGCCUGUCAUUCCCAAAGAUGUGUGCCGAACAAGUAUUCCGCUGAGCUACCUGGCCGCUUCAGUCGAGUCGUUGGAUGGUGCAAGUCACGAUGUGCAGUUCUACAGCGACGUCAAUGGCAAUUGGGUGGCACCUGAAGGCAACAAGACCCUAAAUUGGGAUCUGUACCGAAAUACUAUGCCCAUCAACGGAAGUGGAAAUGCCACUGACUCAUCGAGCGUCAUCUAUACGUGGCUCUUCAACUUGUCGUCGCAAUAUGAAUUUGCUGAAGAAAGCCAAUUACCCUUGUGGGGCAAUUUCACCUAUACUACGAGCCCUGGCCAGGCAAGCAACUUCAGCUUCCAAAGCGGGUAUUCUGCGACUUUGAGGUUCAACUACAUCAUGCAGCAUUAUCUUGCCGACGUGGUUGACAGCAAGUAUCGAGGCGCCCAAGAAAUGGAACCUGUAUUUGCCUUUGCCCAUGACUUCGGUUCUACCAAUUCUGCUUCGGUCCGCUACACUCUGGGCUCUUCAGAGACCCCGAUCAUGCGGUAUAUUACUUCGGUUGGAGUGGUCCCUCUGCAACCAUGGUGGACGCGAUGCUACGGCGAUCUUUUCUCCAUGAUUCAGUACCACUACAACGAUUAUGACAACGCAGCUGCGCUGGGUAAUGCAUUCGAAGCCAAGUUGAAGUCAGACAUCGACGCAUACUAUGCCCCUGUAUACGCAAACACGAUGGUCUAUAGCAACAGCAGUCCUUCAGCACCACCAGUGUAUCCCGACGAAGAUAUAGGAAUAGACCAGUAUGGACAACAAUACUACUUCGACCCGAGCUCAGGAUACGGCUUCCUCGACCCAAACAAUCUCACAGGCAUAGCCGUUCCAGGAGUUUCCGAGCCAGAAGCAUACUACUCCAUCGUCGCUCUUGCCGCGCGCCAGAUCAUGGGGGCAUAUGUCCUGACCAUCCCACCCGACCUGUCCGACAAUACCAACAAACCCGACGAACCGCUCAUGUUUCAAAAGGAAAUAUCCUCUGACGGCAACGUCAACACUGUCGAUGUCAUGUAUCCGGCCAUGCCGUUCUUCCUGUACGCCAAUCCGGACCUGCUCCGGUACAACCUCAACCCGCUUUUCUACAACCAAGAAAACAAUUUCUACCCGAACCAAUACUCCAUGCACGACUUAGGGUCCAACUUCCCCAACGCGACCGGCCACGUCGAGGGCAACGACGAGUACAUGCCUGUCGAAGAGUCCGGCAACAUGAUAAUCAUGACCUACGCAUACUACCAUUUCACCGGCGAUGUAGCGUAUUUGUCUCAACAUUACCCCAUCCUACAACAAUGGUCCGAGUACUUGAUUCAAUACUCGCUGCUUCCUGGCCAGCAAUUGUCCACAGACGACUUCGCCGGGCAACUCGCGAACCAGACGAACCUCGCGAUCAAGGGUAUCGUCGGACUCAGUUGCAUGGCCAACGUUGCGGACGCAGUCGGCCAAGCGCCCAAUGCGAGCAAUUACUCGACAAUCGCGACAGAAUAUUUCAACAACUGGACCACGCUCGCAAUCGACCCUUCCGGGCGGCACACCAUGCUCGGAUACCAAUGGCGCUCGUCCUGGGGGUUGUUGUAUAAUAUUUUUCCUGCGCGCUUGCUCUCGCUCCCGAUCAUACCGGAGUUCAUAUAUACCAUGCAAUGCGCCUGGUAUCCGACCGUGAGCCAGAUCUUUGGUGUGCCCUUGGACAACCGCCACGCGCUGACGAAGAGUGAUUGGGAACUUUGGACGGCCGCGACGUGCGGCUCCAGUACGAGGAGAUUGUUCGUGAAUGCACUGGCGUACUGGCUCAACCAGACGAGUACGGCCUUUCCGUUCACCGAUUUGUAUCUGACGACGGAUGAUGGUGGGUAUCCGAACAGUGAUACGAGUAUGAAUCCGAUUGAGUUCAUCGCCCGGCCCGUGCAAGGUGGGUUGUUCAGUUUGCUAGCGAUGUAUGCUGCUGGUGGCAGUGCGGUCAGUUUUCCGGGUGAGAACGGAAAUGGAACGACCGUUGGAGGUGGCGGGGGCGGCGGUGGUGGGACGACGACGACGACGACGAAGAACGCAACAACGACGGCGGUGACGGCCAGUACGAGUACGAGUAGCAGUAGCUACGAGUAUAGUCUGCCGAUGAACUCGAGUUGGACGAGCAGUCCCGUGACGACGUAUGCUUUUCCCACCGUGGCGAGUACUAGUACCGGGAAUGCGAAUACCAUGUCGCUGUCGCUGUCGGCCCCGAGUGUGAGUGUGGUGAGUGUGACGGAGAGUCUGCUGUCAACGUUCUACGUGAGUCCCAACUAUUUGACUUACACCAUGACCGGGCCGCCGACCUUUUCAACGAGCGCUUCGACCACAACGACAACGGGCUUUACUAGUAGUACGAGCUACGGGAAUUAAUACGCUUUCUACUCUGUGACGACCUUUCGGAAUAUAUGUGUACUUCCGGCAACACUUAACAGCAUUGGCGUAUCUGUCCGAUUUGCCCCAAUGAGGCGCUCCUGAAUUUAGUCAAUACACGUGAAUAGCCUUGCUAG